AUGUCCACCAUCUUGCCCAGAGACAUCAGGAACACCACGGUUCUGUUGGCCUGGAACGGUGGCAGAUCCGGCAUCUUGCCCUUCUUGCCCGUGCCCGUGCACACCAGCACCUGGUCCGCCACGUCUCUGUGCGUGGUGGGCACCGUGGCCACCACCGGAGCCACCAGCGCAGACGUGAGUCCUGGCAUCACCACCGGUUUAUAG